GUUCUGCUUCCCGAAUAGUGUUUUCAUUCCGUAAUGCGUUCGGUUUUGUAAUAAUACUGUCAGUUAGUAGGGAAGAGAGAUAUAGGUAGGAUCGUUGUGAGUACAGUUUGACCUUGUACACAAAUCAUAUUAAUUGCCGGCAAGUCUCCACUGCUAAGCUCAAGGUCAUCCAUCCACUAUGAUUUUCCGGGCGGCGAACUUUGUGAGGAAAUUCACAACCACUCAGGCCAGACUAUAUGACAUGAAGAUCGCAAUUAUUGGACAGAGUAUAUUCGCCAGCAGUGUCUACAAACUGUUGAAGAAAGAUGGACACAAAAUUGUCGGCGUUUUUACAGUACCAGACAAAGGCAAAAGAGAAGACCCUCUUGCGACAGUAGCACGAGAAGACGGAGUUUCAGUUUUUAAAAUACCGAGAUGGAGAACCAAAGGGCAACCAAUACCAGAAGUUAUAGACCAGUACAAAUCCGUGGAGGCAGAUCUCAAUGUUUUACCCUUUUGUACACAGUUUAUCCCAAUGGAAGUCAUCAAUCACCCGAAGCAUCAGUCAAUAUGCUACCAUCCUUCUCUUUUACCAAAACACCGAGGAGUUUCCUCUAUCAGCUGGACUCUAAUUAAAGGAGAUAAAAAGGCUGGAUUUUCAAUAUUUUGGGCUGAUGAUGGAUUAGAUACUGGACCUAUAUUGCUUCAAAGGGAAUGUGAUGUUGAUCCUAAUGACACAGUUGACAGUUUAUACAAUAGGUUCAUGUAUCCCGAAGGCAUUAAGGCCAUGGCAGAAGCCGUGAAUAUGGUAGCUGAUGGAACCGCACCAAAAAUUAAGCAAUCUGAAGAAGGUGCUUCAUAUGAGCCAGCUCUUAACAAAAUUGAGCUUUGCACGGUUCCGUUCAAAGAUCUUACUGCUGCAGAAAUACACAAUUUUAUUCGAGGAAUGGAUAAAGUACCUGGAGCUUGUGCGACCAUUGAUAACCAGUUAGUACGUUUGUACGGUUCUCAGUUAUGGGAUGAUCCAGUACCCGAAGGUCGUACUUGCUCAAUUAAAGGCUUAGAUUCCCCGGCUGUUAUUCAUUCUGAAGGUCUGCUUUUGUAUGGAAGAGACGGGAAAUAUGUCAAUGUCAAAAAGCUUAAACUUGAAGAUGGAGGUCGUGUCAUAAACGCUUCAAAAUAUGGAAUUGUUGAAGAGGAAGCAGAAGCGCUUGAUUUGUCUGAAGAAGAAGUGAAUACUGCCAACACUUUAAAGGCAAUCUGGGAAGGCAUUCUUAGCACGGAGGUCGAUGAUUCUACUGACUUCUUUAAAAGUGGUGCUGGAUCAAUGGACGUGGCUCGCUUAGUUGAAGAACUGAAAGAAAAAUGUGGAAUAUCGCUAGAAAAUGAAGAUGUUUAUGUUGCAACCUCAUUUCAAGAAUUUGUACGAGUUGCUAUUCUGAAGCAAAGAGGUGGUUCAGCUUCACCAAAGCUGGAAUUCAAUGCUGUGACUAUGCAUGUAAACAACAUGGAUAUUAAGUUUCCAACGCAACUGUUUAUUAACAAUCGAUUUGUCGAUGCCUCUUCUGGAAAAACUUUGAAAUCGAUUAAUCCAACGGAUGAAUCUCUAAUAUGUGAAGUCCAGUGUGCAUCUAAAGAAGAUGUUGACAAAGCUGUAAAAGCUGCCAAGCACGCUUUUGAAGAAGGAGAAUGGGGGAAAAUCAACGCACGAGAUAGAGCUCGUUUAAUGUACAGGUUAGCUGAUUUCAUGGAAGAGCACAAAGAAGAGUUAGCAACAUUAGAGAGCAUCGAUUCAGGGGCAGUAUAUACUUUAGCUAUGAAAACUCAUGUUGGUAUGUCCAUAGAUACCUGGAGAUAUUUUGCAGGAUGGUGUGAUAAAAUUCAAGGUUCAACCAUUCCAAUAAAUAAUGCUCGUCCAAAUAGGAAUCUUACAUUCACGAAGAAGGAACCAAUCGGCGUGUGCGGAAUUAUAACUCCUUGGAACUAUCCUUUAAUGAUGGUUUCUUGGAAAAUGGCCGCUUGCUUAGCUGCUGGAAAUACCGUGGUCUUGAAACCUGCUCAAGUUUGUCCUCUAACAGCAUUAAAACUAGCCGAACUUAGUGUUUAUGCUGGAUUUCCUGCUGGAGUUAUUAAUAUUUUACCAGGAAGAGGCGGAGAAUGUGGUCAAGCCAUGGCCGAACAUCCUUUAAUAAGGAAACUUGGUUUCACUGGGUCGACACCUAUUGGAAAACAAAUCAUGAACAGCUGUGCUACUUCCAAUUUGAAAAAAGUUUCCUUGGAAUUGGGUGGCAAAUCUCCGUUAAUUAUAUUCUCUGAUUGUGACCUUGAUAAAGCUGUUAGACAAGGUAUGAGUGGAGUUUUUUUCAAUAAGGGUGAAAAUUGUAUAGCUGCAGGUAGAUUAUUUGUCGAAGAAUCCAUUCAUGAUGCGUUUGUAGAGAAAGUUGUAAGUGAAACAAAGAAAAUGAACAUAGGAGAUCCUCUUGAUAGGUCAACUGACCAUGGUCCUCAGAAUCACAAGGCUCAUUUAGAUAAACUUUUGGAAUACUGCGACAUAGGUGUUAAAGAAGAAGCAAAAUUACUUUUGGGUGGCAAGAGAGUAAACAGGCCAGGUUAUUUUUUGGAGCCCACUAUUUUUACUGACGUUGAAGAUCAUAUGUACAUCGCAAAGGAAGAAUCAUUUGGACCAAUAAUGAUAAUUUCCAAAUUUAAAAAUGGAGAUAUCAAUGGUGUCUUAAAACGUGCAAAUGCGACAGAGUUCGGAUUAGCCUCGGGGGUAUUCACCAAAGAUCUUUCAAAAGCCAUGUACGUGAGUGAAAAAAUUGAUGCUGGCACUUGUUUCAUCAAUUGCUAUAAUAAAACUGAUGUAGCCGCACCAUUUGGAGGUUUCAAGCAAUCUGGUUUUGGAAAGGAUUUAGGAGAGGAAGCAUUAAAUGAAUAUUUACGAACAAAGUGUAUAACCAUGGAGUAUUAAAUCAACGAAGACUUUUUGACAAAUUUGAGAUGAAAGUCGUGCGAUGAUUUUAAAACCCAAGACUUUUCCGUAUUAAAAGACAGAAUCGAGAAAAUGCGUCAUUUCCUGUACCAUACGGGUUGCGCUUUGUUGUAUUUUGUAAUUAUAUUUGUAAAAUAUUUUUUUUUAUAUUUA